CGGUACAUCAGCACGGAGCUGGGGAUGCGGCAGCGGCUCUUCGUUGGUGUGCUGACCUCCAAGAGCACGCUGAACACGCUGGGGGUGGCUGUCAACCGCACGCUGGCCCACCGCCUGGAGCGCCUGGUGUACUUCACGGGCACACGGGGCCGCAAGGUGCCCCACGGCAUGACAGUGGUGACGCACAGUGACGAGCGACCCAUCUGGAACAUGUACCAGACCAUCAGGUACCUUCUGGACCACUACGUGAAUGACUUCGACUGGUUCUUCCUGGUGCAGGAUGAUACCUACACGGAGGCGCACCGCAUCAGCCGCCUGGUUGCCCACCUCAGCAUCGACACCCAUCUUUACCUGGGCCGUCCUGAGGAGUUCAUCGGCGGGGACACUGAGGGCCGCUACUGCUAUGGGGGUUUCGGCUACCUACUAUCUCGCAGCCUCCUCCUGCUCCUGCAGCAGCACCUAGAGAGCUGCCGCAACGACAUCCUCAGCGCCCGGCCUGACGACUUGCUGUGCUGGCAGCUGGUGGGGUGGGAGCAUGGGUCAGGGGCGGCCAUGACCCAUCUCUUCUGACUGGUGCAGGGCCUGCGUUACCACUACUUUGAGCUGGGAAAGAAUGUGGACCCCGAACGGGAGACUGACCUCCGUUUCCAGAGCGCCUUCACUGUCCAUCCCGUACUGGAUCCCCUUCAGAUGUACCGGCUGCACAAGUACUUCGCACAGGCGGAGCUGGAGAGAACGUACCAGGAGAUCCAGCAGCUCCAGCUGGAGAUCCAGAAUGCCAGCAGUCUGUCUGCCGACGGGGACCACAGUGCCACAUGGCCCAUUGGCAUCCCACCCCCAUUCCAGCCCAAAACUCGCUUUGAGGUGCUGCGCUGGGACUACUUCACAGAGGAGCAGGUCUAUGCCUGCGUGGACGGCUCCCCCAAAUGUGAGCUGCGUGGUGCCGACCUGGCAGAUGUGGCCGACGUGGUGGCAACAGCCAUGGAGGCAGCCGCCUUUGAGAGCAGUGAGAACGCAGUGCUCACCUUCCUCUUCAUCUAUGACCCCUUUGAGGCCCAGCAGGUCACCCAGAAUGACAUCUUUGCCGCAGUGAAGGCCCAGAUCACCGAGUACGAGCACAAGUAUGCAGAGGUGAAGAUCCCGUGGAUCAGUGUCAAGACAGACGCACCCUCCCAAAUCAAGGUCAUGGACAUCAUCUCCAAGAAGCAUCCUGUAGACACGCUUUUCUUUGUGGCUGGUGUGGGAACGGAGGUCACUGUUGACUUCUUGAACCGCUGCCGGAUGAACACCAUCAACAACUGGCAGGUCUUCUUCCCCAUCCACUUCCAGGGCUACAACCCUGCCAUUGCUUACCACAACCAGGAGCCACCUGCCACGCUGGACCUGCUGCGGGACGCGGGGCGCUUCGACCGUGACGUCUUCCACGAAGCCUGCUUCUACAAUGCCGACUACAUGGCGGCACGCACCCGCAUGGCGGGCGACGUGCAGGAGAACGAGGACAUCCUGGAGACCCUGGACAUCUACGACAUGUUCAUCAAGUACUCCAACCUGCAUGUCUUCCGCGCUGUGGAGCCUGCCCUGCUACAGCGCUACCGGCACCAGGCCUGCAACCCCCGGCUCAGCGAGGAGAUCUACCACCGCUGCAUGCAGAGCAGCCUGGAGGGUGUAGGUUCUCGCUCCCAGUUGGCCAUGGUGCUUUUCGAGCAGGAGCAGGGGAACAGCACCUGA